ACGAAGGGAAUUCAGUUCUGCAACAGUCGCCCUGCAAGAAUGAAGUUCUUCGUCUUCCUGUCACUUUUCGCUGCAGCAACGCUCGUUGCUUCCCUGCCAUUGGGUGGCGAAGCCACGAAUUCGUUGUCGGAUGGCGCAGUGUAUCAAGAGGAUGGCGAGGCUGCCAGUGAAGUUACGAGGAUGAAGAAGCAUCUCCAUACGUAUAAGACUAAGUCGGAUAGCUCGAGUAUUAGUCUGCAAACGCCGUUGACCAACAUUGCCAUCCAAAAAUCCAGGGUCAGAACUCGGCCUUUGCAUUUGCAUCAACCCCUACGCCAUCUUAUACGCGACAGGGCUGAAUAUCUACACAGCAUGUCGUUUGGCAACGAAGAUGCCGCUGCAGCAACCAACGCAGAAACCGCGUCAGCAGCCAAUGGAGGAGCCACAGCAGCAGCUAACGCAAAUUUCAUUGCAGUAGCCAACGCAAAUGCCAUCGCGAACGCAGGUAGCCAGAUCCUGGUGAACGGUGUGCCCUUGUAUCCAGGUCAAGUAAUCUUCCUGGGUAGUUCCUGUCCGAUUUUUGGGACGUCAGCCUUUGAAACUUUAGGCAACAGUGCUAAUGUUGGAGGUCCUUCUGGAUUCUAUACAAAGACUGGCGCGACAGCAACCGCUGAAGGCAGACAUAGUCAAUCAGGAUCGAGUUUUCAAGGAUUUGGAUUCUUUUCUGGAGCCAAAGUUGAUACGAGCGCUAAUGCUGAUGUCUUUUCUAGACCUGGCAUUGGUCGUACAGGAUUAGGCUUUGGCAGUCAAAGAACAGGGUUGACUGAAGCUAACGCCAAGUCUAACGCCAUAGCCAUCACUGGAAACAAUGGAUUCGGUGGUAACGGCGUUGCUGGAGGUGAUAGUCAAUCAGGAUCGUGGCUAGAUGGAUUUGGAGGUUCCCUUGAGUCGAAUGUCAAGACUAGCGCCACAGCCAACGUUGGAGCUGGCUUCGGUCAGUCAGGGUUUUCUGGAGCUAAAGCUGAUGCGAGCGCUGGUGUUAGAGCCUUUUCUGGACCUAAUGUUGGAGACUUUUCUGAAGCUAAUGCUAAUGCUUAUGCAACUGCCAAUACUGUAAGCUUCGGACCAGGUGUAAUCUUAAAUGAGGAUAUUGGUGCUUCCAAUGAUCUUAUCAGGAUGAAGAGGCAUCACCAUUCGCAUAAGACUAAGUUGGGUAGUUCUAGUAUUUUCUUGGAAACCCCGAACACCAAGCUUGCCAUCGGAAAAUCCAAAGUCAAGAUUCAACCCCCAGUUUUGCAUCUCCAUGGACUCCAUCUUUGACGCGAGAGCGCUGAAUUUCCUCGAAGCCUAAUGAAGACGCCUGUUCAUUUUUUUUUUUGUUUGAGAUUAUCAGAACAGUCGGAAUCGUGUUAGCUAGUGAGGAAAUUUUGUUUAAGGGAAACGGAAAGGCAAAAUAUAUACGUCGCGUAUGAGUAAACAUAUGCGCGAAACAAAAUUAUUCAAAACAUUUAUUCGAUUCCUUUGAAUAAAUUUGGCAAAAGUCUUAUAUAAUGAAUUUAAAAAUAAAAAUACUCCUUAAAUAAAUAUUUUGUUCGUACAUACGGCAAAACUGACUGCACUGAAGUGAGUGGGCUUAUGGCAAUGCCAGUGGAAGGUCCAUGAUUCGACUACGUCAUCGAAACCUUUGGAACGCGGAUAAAUUUCAUUUAAUAUCCAAGAUCACGGAAUAAAGUGAAUAAAACAUGAUCAACGCGAAAGCGUCUCGUCUACGGGCCACGAAUCAUUAUCCUAGUCCAAGGCAAAAAACUCAUCUACCUGGAAUCCCCCAAAAUCAAUGUCUCAAGUAGUCGCUGUUUGUAAUCGUGUUUAAUAUAUGAAAAAAAGUUUCCUCAUUCGACAACUGCCAUAUUAAUUUAACAAUUACUCAAAUAACUAUUAAUUGAUUCUACUUGACACAUUUUUCUUUCUUCGAGGAAAUGAAAAUUUAAGUUGACCUUCUUUAAUGUACAAAACGAUGUAAUACUAGAAAUAAAACAAUGAAAGUAGUUAUUAAA